CACUUCCCUUCAUCCAACAAGUUUCAAGUCGUAGGAGUGGAGUAUAUAUAUAUUACCUUACUGGAGCGCUUUUUGAUUGAUAAUUAAUAUUUUCUCUAUGAAAAUUUUAAAGUGCGGUUUUUUUUUUACUGUCUUAAGAACGCUAAGGCCGCAAUUGACUUUCUUGCUUUUGAUUUUACCCUAUUCCGGUGAGAUCUUGCUUAUCCUUGCUAAAAGCUUAAGGAAAAAGUCAAAAGCGCUUGUCUUUUUUAUUGCAUACUUUUCGUAUAUGAAGUGCUUUCCUACGUUUCACUCCUUUCUUUGUGUCAAAUCAGUAAUCAGAACAGUUGAGUUAUUGAAAAUUUUUUUGUGAAGUUAUUCUUAUUGUUGACUACCCUUAACUGUUUCGCUUUAAUAAAGUUUUGGCUCCGUUUUUUCUUUUUUUUUUUUUUCGCUUUCUCUCGUGUAUGCUUUUGUCUUUAUGAAGGAGAGUUCUGGUCGAAAUUUCUAUCCUUUGUGAAUUGUAUUGAUACAUAAAAAUUUCCUCGACUUUUAAUAACUGUGUGUCUCUUUGUUGUUUCUCCGUUUACGACUAUUUAUUUUCUUGUUUUACCAUUAUAUGCACUCUCCUUAAUAUUCUUACAGAUUUUCAAAAUGUCUCAUGAAAAACAUCUAUAUGUUCCUCCACCUAGGGAACCCCCGAGUUACGAAGAUGUUGCUGCAAAUUCCGAGAUUAUUCAAAUUCAAAAUGAACCGCGUACCGAGGAACAGCGCCCGUUAGAGCCCAUGGAAGUUUUAGAGCCUCCUGGAAGUUUACGAUUUCCUGGUUUACGAUCUAAACUAGAAGCCAUUCAUGAAGGUUGGGAGUCUGCCUGCCAUUCAUUUCACCAUAAAAUUGCGUCCAGAUUUUAUCGAAUUCCCUUUUACUCCAUUUACUUGGUUUUAAUCGCUACCAUAAUUAUUUUGGCAAGUUACUAUGGAUAUUUCGACAGUAGUCCUCCCUGGAAAUCAGUUCCUCACCUUGAUGAAACUUUCUUAAUUAAUUAUAUAAAAAACAGCCGUGUUUCAAAUAUUCAGUCUGAGGCAACCACGUUUGCUUCUCUUCCUCACGUAUCAGGAACGAUGGGGGAUUCUUCGCUCUCACAGUACUUGCUAGAUGUUUUAAGCUAUGAAUCUUUAGACGCGGUUGAUACAAAAAAAUUUUAUGCCUAUUUAAACUACCCUAAAUCUCUUUCUAUAAGAUUAAGCAAUGAUGAUUCAUUCCAGCCCACACUUUCUGAAUCUUACAAAAUUCCUAAUUAUAGAGAUACUUGGAUCACCUCGCUUUCUUCUUAUGCGUACAGCGCACCCGGAAAACUGGAAGCACCUCUCAUAUAUGUUAACCAGGGCACAACAGAUGACUUUCAAGCACUGGAGGAAAAAAAUAUUCAGUUCAAUUCGUCAGUCGUCCUAUUACGAAGUAGCCGUAUGAAUGCCUCUAUAGCUAUUGAAAAUGCCGAAAGAUAUGGUGCUUCAGCGGUAUUAGUGUUCGACGACUCGUAUACUGGUAUAGAGCAAAACCACAAGGAUGAAAUUUAUCCUGCAGGACCUUACCCUUCUGAUGAUUUGUUAUACCGUGGAAGCGCUGCUAAGUCUUACUAUUAUUUAGGUGAUCCGCUGACACCAGGAGUACCCUCCCAUUGGGAUUCUAACAGGAUACAACCUGAAAAUGCGCAAGUACUUCCUCGAAUUACUGCGAUUCCAAUAACUUAUCGUGAUGCUAUUGACCUAAUGAGCAGAUUAAAAGGGCAUGGUGAGCAAAUCCUUACAGAUACAUGGAGACUGGGACUUCCAUCUUCCCUGGAACUUUGGUCGGGUUCAACCUCAGAAUCUUCUCUAAUGCUUCAGAUUGAAUCAGAGGUUGAUUCAAAAAAGAAGCAACCAAUUGUGAAUAUUUUAGGACAGAUUACUGGCCGAGAGCCGGAUCAAGUCCUUAUUAUAGGUGCACCUCGUGACUCAUGGUGCGGUGGUGCCUCCGAAUCAGCAGUGAGCACCGCUCUGCUUAUGGAUAUCAUAUCAACGUUUUCUGACAUGGUUAAAAAUCUUUCAUGGCGACCCCGUCGGACUAUUGUUUUUGCUAGCUGGGACGCUAAACAGUACAAUACCAUAGGUAGUACCGAAUGGGUCGAACAUUGGAAAGAAUGGCUUCAAGUAAAGGCAGUAGCAUAUUUAAAUAUUGAUGUCGCUGUUUUUGGAGAUGUGUUCACUGCAAAUACAGUUCCGGGCCUGAAGGACGUGGUUUUAAAAGCGUUUCAUUUGAUGAACGAAGACAACAACCUAGGAACACCAGAUAUAAAGUUAGAUACUUUUAAUUAUGUAUCUGACGCUACUCCAUUCCUAACGUACGCAGGCGUUCCCAUUGUGGAAUUGGGGUUUGAAAGAGGAGCAGAUAGUUCGCUGCCUGUUCCUUUUCUAGGCACCUGUAAGGACACGGAAAGUUGGAUAAGUAUGUUUGGAUCAUUCUACUGGGAAAAAGCAGACCGUCUUGCAAAAAUAUGGUCUCUCCUGGCAUUGUUUCUUUCUAAUGAUCCAGUGGUUCCGUAUGAUUUGGAAAAUUCUGUUCGAUAUCUUGGAACAAUGCUAGAAGAACUUCAAGAGAUUCUUAAGGAAAAAUCCUUGUCGUUCGAUCAUGUAAAACAAGAAUAUGAAGAGCUUGUUGCGACUGCAAAGCAUUUUAUGUCUGUGAUUUCAGAGUGGCAUUCUCUUAUGCUCCACAACAGCUAUUUUCUUACCACGAAAAAGCAUCCCGAGUUAGAAGGCUUUAAUGCAAAAAUUGCGAGGUUUGAGAAUUCAUUUCUUGAUGAGACUGGCCUUCCUGACCAUGAAUGGUUCAAGCAUCUAAUAUAUGGACCUAAUCGAUUAGGAAAAGGGGGUGUUGUUUUUCCUUCCAUUAUGGAUGCCUUUUGGAAUGACAACCUUGAUCAAGUACAAUUAGAGAUUGAUCGGCUUUCUAAAGCGCUGGAUCGAGCUCAUAAAGCAUUAAAAACUGCUUAACAUGGCUAUGACCUAGCAAACCAAUAAGGGACUACAUCCUGUACAUAUUGAUACCAUACACGGUGACUUCAAGGCGAUGGUAGCUAAUGAUAAUUAUUAUUCAUUUUACGUAUUCACCGUUGUUUUACUAUACAAUGAAUUUCUUUUACAAGGAUCUUGUUACUAAAGGUGUUGUUUAUAUUAUGGUAUCAAUCUUAGUGCCUGAUAGUAAUACAAACAAAAAAGGCAAUACUGUACAAAUAUUAUUUUA